GAGCCCACUGCAGUAACGCGGGAGAGCUCUUAGGGAACGGUGUUCGAUGCCAGAUCGAUAUACCGAUACGUGCUUUCAAACGGUUCUUUUCAAAUUUAGAAUACGAACAAUGAAAACUAUUCUGUUUUAAUCGGUUGCUUUAAAACAACUGGCCAGUAUUUCAAGUCACUUUUUGCGGUCUUUUAUAGGAGGAAACCGCAUUUAAAAUUGUUGAACGGGUACGCGUGUUAUUGUUUUGGUUGCCUCACGUCAAGUAUAGGAGUUCUAAGAAGAAAUCUGGCUAAUUUGUCGGCGUUCGGCAAUAUCCGGCCACUUGGCCCCGAUUUUGGGGAUAAAUUAGGCCGAUGAAGAUUUACCGCGGAUAUUUAAAAGUUUCCGGGAGAAAUUGGAAGACUUCGUUAGUCGUAUGAGUGUGCUAUGAUUAACGAACAUACAUCAUGCUGUGCGAGACAGUUUUGGAUAACAUACAACCGGUGUUCCGUCAAGGCAGUGCGCGAUGGUGCGUCGGAGUGGACCAGGUGACAGAGGACUCAGACGACUUGGAGGCUGGCUACAUCUCCAGCGACGAAUCUGCGAGGGGCAUAGACCUCGGCGAGAGGAUCAGGGUCAAACCCAGCAGAGACAUCUGGCCGAUAGAGAGAAUACAGUACGUGUUACGACAACUUCCUCACGCUGACACACUAUACGCUCUCAUUGAAGUGGGACAAUAUGACCACGUGUUGGAACUAGCAUCGCAGCCAGAACAGAGGAAAACAGCUGCGCUGUGGACGUGCUGGUUGGGACGAAGCUCCUUACUGGCGAAAUUACUGAAGAUCGGGUUUGAUCCAAACUGGGCUGAUGAUGAUGGCAGGACCUGUCUACAUUUGAGCUGUUUAGUGGCCAGUGAAGAAUGUGUGAAGCUGCUACUGGAACAUCAGGCAGACCCCAACAGGUGGGACUGUUAUGAUGACGGUAAAGCCACACCACUUCAUUGUGCUGCAAGUGCCAAAAGCUUGGCUUGUGUUAAGAUAUUAUUGGAAAACGGUGCCGAUGUGAACGCAGGCCUGAGUGAUCGCUCGCCCCUGCACUACGCGGUACUGAGUGACGCACCCGACGUGGUCGGUUUGUUGUUGGAAGCCGGCGCUUGUCCUGACACUCCACAGGUUUUCACAGAAACACCGUUACACGUGGCAGCGUCCCUAGGAUCAGCGAAAUGCAUGAAGCUACUCUUGGAUGCAGGAGCCGACGUGAGGGCAGCGUUUGGGCCAAUGAGGUCGACGGCAUUACAUCUGGCAGCGGAGGACGGGCACGCGGAGUGUGCUCGGUUACUGCUGGACCAUAAUGCGAGGAUUGACUGCCCUAACUAUAGAGAACAGACGCCCCUGCAUUUAGCGGCCUUAGCCCAAUCCGUAGAAGUGGUUGAACUCCUAGUCGGGCGGCGAGCUGAUGUCCACGCCAGAGACGUGGACGGCCGAACACCCCUCCACGGCUCCAUCGUUAGAGGAGCCCGGGCGUGCGAUGUGGCGAGGAUCUUGCUUACGUUCGGGGCUGACCCUAACGCGCCGGACGAGUUUGGAUAUACGCCACUGCAUAUCGCUGCGUUGAAUGAGUUUUCGGCGUGUGUUUUGUUGUUAUUAGAUUACGGAGGCGACCUAACCCUCCGCACAAACGGCGGUGUAUCCGCCUUAUCUUUCGUCGUCCGCCGCGUCCCAGACGUGGUCCCCCGGUACCUCUGCAAGUUCGACGACGCAGUGCAUGUCAGCGAGCACGAGCUGGGAGACGUUGACUGCGAAUUGACUAUUGACUUUAGGCCGCUUGUGCCUAACUUGAGCAGAGGGGAGGCAGAGUUGCUGCUAGCAUUUAUUGAGGUGGGCCGUAAAGAUGUCCUGAAGCAUCCGGUGGCCGAGACGUUCCUGUUUCUCAAAUGGAGACGGAUAAGAAAGUUUUUCAUCCUCAGUUUCCUUUGCCAUGCCAUAUUUAUCACUAUGUAUAGUGUUUAUAUACUUCAAAUCUACCUCUGCGAAGAAGUAACAUGCGACGUAUCAUCGUCCCUCGUCCCACUACAAUACAUAAUAAUAUUGCUAAACCUAGGCUUCCUAUGCAAGGAGAUCUUCCAGGCGUGUCUGGAUUGGAACGCGUAUAUUCGACAGUGGGAGAAUUGGUUGCAGUCUACUAUUGUACUGGGAGUUUUCUUAAGCACUAUACCCAUAUGGGAGAAAACUGAAGCAACCCAACUGCACACCUCAGAUUGGCAACAUGACGUAGCUGCAGUCACGAUAUUCUUCUGCUGGUUAGAGCUGAUGAUGAUCAUUGGCCGGUUCCCGACUUUUGGCCUUUAUGUACAGAUGUUUACUACGGUGACCCUAAACUUCGCAAUGUUCCUAAUGGCGUACAGCUGUCUCCUGAUCGCCUUCGGUCUCGCCUUCAGCGUGCUAUUCAGCAACUACCCAGCCUUCCAGCUCCCAGCUAGCUUAGUCAAGACGGUCAUGAUGAUGUCAGGAGAACUAGAAUAUGAGGACAUAUUCUAUAACAACUGUACGAACUCGCAGAUUCAGUACCCGCUGACGGCGCAUGGGAUGUUUCUGAUUUUUGUGCUGCUUGUGACCGUUAUUUUGACUAAUUUGCUGGUUGGUUUGGCGGUCAGUGAUAUACAGGCUUUGCAAGUAUCCGCCGGUUUAGACCGGCUAGUGCGGACCACGCAACUGGUAGGCUACCUGGAGAGUAUGCUGUUCAGCUCGCUGUUGUCAUGGGCGCCAAAGAAACUGUUACUGUUGUUGAGGUUCGGGGCCUUGCUCACAUACUCGCAGUAUACGAGGAUGCUGAAUUUAAGGCCUAAUGACCCGAGGGAGAACAGGAUCCCCAAAGACUUAAUAGCAUCAAUUUACAAAAUGGUCGCCAGCCGGAAGGUAACCAAACGUAGCAUUAGAAAAAACAACAACUACGAAUGUCGAAUACAAUGUAAAGACGAGACGGAAAUGGAAAAACCUGUGCUUAACAAGAGAAAAAGUAAUUUAUAUGACCGAUACUCGUCAGAGGGACAGAAUGUUGAAAGAAGGAAAAGAACAACAUCUAGUUCGGAUAACAGAAAUAGGCCUAUGUCUAUGAAUAUAGGGGCUAUACAGGAAAUAUGCAUGGUCGAUAUUAAAACUCAGCUGACCGAGUUGACUAAGAAAAUUAAUAAGUUGGUUGAGACAACAGAUUUUAGGUUAAGUACAAUUGACAAGAGAUUAGAUGAUAGGGAUUAUUCUACGCCCUAAAAUUGUACGUUUUAUAUGUAAUAUUUGAAUUUAAUCUGGAAUAUUCUUAGUGAAUUAUAGAAUAUCUAGUCAUAAACAUACAUAAACUAUACAUAUAAAUAUAUUUCUCUAAUAAAAACUAUUGUAGAGUAGUUAUAGGCAUAAUUAUUAUCUACAUUCUCCUAUAAUACGAGUUAUACCUAUUUGUUAAUUUCAUAUUUUAUAUUGAUAUUUUUAUAUUACUCAG